AUGUCAGCUACCGCCGUUUUCGAGCGUCGGAACAAACAGAUCCAGGAUGCCAUCGAUGGUCAGAAUCUCAAGCAGGCCCUGCAACUCUGUGAGAAGCGGCUCAAGAGGGGCGAGGAUUCUCAUUUCCUGAGGGCAUGGAAAGCACAUAUCCUCUUCAGCCAUGCUGACGACAUCCAUCGCCAACGCGGCAUUUCCGAGACGCUCCAGCUAUGCCACAUUGAACCCCCAGUUUCCGACAUAGAUGCAUUGAAUAUGCUAUAUACUACUCUAAAGAGCAUUGAUGAGCAUGCGGAAUCUGCGCUCGAGAUAUGGCAGAAAGCGGCAAAGGCCAGACCCCAAGCACUCGAUAUCCAAUUGAGAUGGUUCACACUGGCAACAGAAGUAGGCGACUGGAAAGCUGCACAGAAGGCAGCUAUGAGCCUUCAAAAUAACUUUCCGAAGGACCGCAAGUUCUAUUUCUGGGCCAUUUUCAUGUGCUACCUAAUCAGCAUAGACCCAGCGAAUUCGGAAACAGAUCGUAAGCUCUUCGGCACACUUGCCUACCGCAUGAUAUCGAAAGCUGCGGCCAACGUACCUAGUGAUCCGAAAGAGUUACUGAGCCCGCCUAGAGCAAUACAAACCUCCGAAGAGCUCUUCCUAUUAAUCAAGAUCUUCAACACACAAGAGAGCUACGAGGAAAUUGUGCAUUUACUCAAUAGCCAGAAUUUGGGCGUCGAAUCACGCAUUGCUCAGAACGAUUGGUCAUUUGUCAGCGCGAAAAUCGCAAGUCUUGAGAAUGCUGGGCUAUGGGAUGAAGCGUUGUCGUUUACACGGGAGUUACUUAGUCUUCCAAACGAACUAGCAAAUGGUUCGGCAGCAGCGGCUGCUCAAGAAAAGGAUGAUUGGCUAGUUUGGAGCCUUCUCCUUAAGUCAACUGAGAAGUCAGGGAAAAAGGAGACAGCACGAGAAACCCAGAUUUUCAUUGAGGAUUACAUCGAGAGGCGACCAAAGUCACGGAAUGCUCAGUUGGCCGGUCUUGACUUGGUUGAGCAACGAAUUGCGACCCAGGAGUUUUCUAUGGGAGACCUUCUCUCAGCAUGCAAAAAAUAUUUCGACCGCAAUAGUAACAAACUCUAUUGUUUCCAUGACUUGCGCAAAUAUUUAAUUAAACUGGACCUCUCGAUGCAGGACGAAUUUCAAGCUCAUGUUUCCCAAGCCGUAGUCGCAGGACAAGAUGCGGAUGAUAAGAAACAGGUUACCGACCCUUUCAAGGGCGUUGCAGCUAUUAAUGCACUCAAGUUUGAAUACUGUUUCAAGCUGUCAUUCGGUGGUGACAAGGUAUCAGCACAAAGGGCGGAAGAUUUUGUCUCUCGUUGCCUCCGCAUUUACCGGAGCACUGAAAGACCUAACGACACCUCUCCAUCUACUAUCGAGAGCCAACCCAGCGAUGACCUGUGUAUUUUAGCUGUUAUGGGACUAAUUCGGCUUCACGAACCAGCCUUUGGGACCAAUCCCAAUGCCGCCCCCCAUGCCGUGCUGACCCAAGCUGCCGGGCUCAUCGAGAACCUGCUUCUUAAGUCACCCCAUAAUUAUGAGGCUCUUCUGCUCCUAGUUCGAAUCUACCUCCUCCUUGGUGCAGGAUCAUUAGCUCUGAAGACUUUCCAUAAAUUAUCCGUCAAGCAAAUGCAAUACGAAACAGUCGCACAUAACCUCUUUACUCGCCUGGCCUCAACACACCCCCACGCUCCUCCCCCAUAUGAAGGGUUGGAGAAAAAGGACUACGAUCCACAGGCUUCCAUGAGACAGGCUUUGAUAUUUUAUCGAAACUCAGAGACUGCGACGGCUCUUUCACGAAACAUUGGCCUGGAGCAUGGAAGCUACUUCAAUGUAUCUGGAAGUAUAAAGCUGCAGAAUGACCUGAAGAAUAGUAUCUGUCGAAGAAUGUGGGCGUUGGAAACGCGGAGGAUUCAGCGGCUGGUUGGCGGUGACUCAGUGGGACAAUAUGAUCAUAUUGUCUCUAAUACAGACCCAAUCGUUGACAACCGAAACUUCGAUGGCUUCAUGAACUGCGAACUCCCGGGUAAAUCUAGUUUUGAGGAGCGUGUUCGUCUCGGGCCCAGGCCAGGCUCUCAUACCGUCAAAGUCAUGACUAUCACCGACACACUAUUCAGUUUCCUCAACAGCAACCUGUCAAUGAAAAAGACAUCAUCUGCCCCACCAUCGUCUCCGUCAUCCAAUGUCGACUUAUCCCACUAUCUCGACCUCGACUUUGACCUCGACUUCCCCCUUCCAUUAACCGAAUUAACGCCCGCCGAAAUCGAAAAUGCAAACAUCCAUCUCACCCUGCUGAAAGUCCUCGCAACACUUACCACAGACACGACUUUUAAACAAUCCUCCACACCCGGAACCUCGAUAACCACGCAUUUCACGACUCUCGAAGACUUCCUAACCCAAAAGUCCACAACCCUAACCCCAUCAACCGCGAUCCUCCCCACCACCAUCACACUCUCCCUAAACUCCAGCGCCCCUUCCUGGCUCUAUUUACACAACACCAUCUCCCUCCUCGAAACCUUAAAAGCUGUCACCCUCUUCAUCACCUACAUCUCGACAUCAAAGGCAAAACUUCCUGCCGCAUUGGCGAAACUCGUUCCCACAACAGAGAAACUCGAGUCCCUUACAAAUCUUGUCAGACAAAUCGUGGAAAUUAUUCAGAAUAACACUCGCUUUUUGAAGAUGCAGAUUGCCGAGUCGGGGAUGUUGGGGGAGUUAGUAGAAUGGGUUACAGGUGGAUAUGAUUGCGAGAAGACGUUUAGUUUGGGUGGCCAGGGUGGCCAGGGUGGAAAGGAGGUUGGAGUGGUUAGGAGAGAAAUUGAGGAGUUAAUGGAUACGGCAUCGCUGGAGUUGUUUUGUGGGUCGUUGAUGGAGAGUUGGGAUGAAGCUCUUGAUGGGGUUUUGGUUAUGUGCGGGCAUUUGAGUUGA